UUUUCUUUUCUUUUGUAUUUAAUAAAUUGUAAAUGUUCGCAAAUUUUUCCCUUCUCUCCUUCCUUGCUCGCUAAGCACAGAGAGAUAGAGAGAGAGAGAGAGAGAGUGAUUAUCCUUUCCUUUCAUUGGGUUCUCGAUUGAUUCUGGGAUUUCAUAGUACCUCAGAAGAGCGGUUGUUUGCUUCCUUUUUCCUGGGAUUCUGUUUUCAUUUGGACAAUCCGAGGAAUCUGUCUAGCUGUUGGGCCUUUCUUUCGAUUUGUCCCAGGAAUCACUUCUGCUUAUAUUUCCCACGCUCUGUAGAAUUAAAACUAUUUCCUUGAGAGAGGACUUGUCCUGAUCUUUCUACCAAUGGAUAUUCAGGGACAGAAUGAGCUAACAACAUCAAACGCUGAUAACUACCAUCCUGAUGGCAGUGUGAAAUCUGAAACAGCGGUUAAGGUAAGGAAACCUUACACGAUUACAAAACAAAGAGAAAAAUGGACGGAAGAAGAGCAUCAAAAGUUUCUUGAAGCCUUAAAGCUGUAUGGUCGGGGUUGGCGUCAAAUUGAAGCACAUGUAGGCACCAAAACUGCUGUUCAGAUUCGAAGUCAUGCUCAAAAAUUCUUCUCUAAGGUGGUCCGGGCUUCCAGUAGUAGCACUGAGAGCUCCAUUGAACCAGUUGAGAUUCCUCCUCCACGGCCAAAGAGGAAACCCUUGCAUCCUUACCCACGUAAAUUGGCUGAUUCUCUUAAUGGAAUAUCAGUUGCAGAUCAAUCUGAGAGGUCUCCAUCCCCAUAUUCAUUGGUGGCUGAGAAAGAUACCGAAUCUCCCACUUCAGUUUUUUCUGCAGUUGGGUCAGAUGCAUUAGGGUCUGGAGUUUCGGAACAGCACAAUGUUUGUCCUUCGCCGAUGUCAUGCACAACUGACAUGCACUCAAUCAGCUUAGCCACUGUUGAGAAAGAGAAUGAACACAUGAUGGUGAAUUCCUCUGUCCAAGAAGAGAAAUUACAGAAAUUUGAAUCAGCUUCCAAGGAAACUUUAAGUACUGACGGAGAUGAAGCCAUGGGAGCAAUUGUCUCAAGUAUCAAGCUUUUUGGAAGGACAGUCUUGGUAACAGAUUCCCAGAAACCAUGUUCUCCAGGUGCAGAGAAUAUUGACUCACCAACAUCUAAGGCUAUUCUAGAGAAUCUUGACAUUGAUACUGAGAAGUUUCCUGAAACAUUACCUUCAAACCAAUUAGACACACAUUUAUCACUUGAAAUAGUUAACUGUGAUUGGAGAUUAUUGCCAUGCCGAGCCCCAGUUCAAUGCAUGGAACAUCAGAAAGAGAACACCAACUCUGCAGAAGCCAACCCUUAUGCUUCUCUGCCAUGGUUGGCUUUGUACCAAGGCCUGCCAUAUUAUCACCUUCCCUCAUAUAACCAAACUUCAGUUCAAAUACCUACAUAUUCUUGCGUAGAAGAAAAAACGAAAGAGAGAGAUAUUCUAAAGGAAAAAUCUUGUAGUGGGUCAAACUCUGUGUCAGCUAGUGAAGUCGAAAAUGAAGGGAAGAAUUUAGAUGCUGUUGAUUCUCAGUUUCAAGAAACUAGAGGGAGGAUUAACCCCUGCAAGUCUAUGAAGGGGUUUGCGCCCUACAAAAGAUGUCUAGCAGAGAGAGAUGCUAACUCAUCUGUGAUUGUUUUGGAAGAGAGAGAAGGGCAAAGAGCUCGAGUUUGCUCAUAUUGACCUUCAUGUAUCUCAAUUGUCCACAGUUAGAAUUAUUAAGCAAGUUCAGUAGCUAUUUUUGGUAGUUUGAUGUAGGUUGUAUCAGACUCCUUUUCAUCCCCGUUUCUCCACUAGAGCUCCCUUCAAGUCACUCUAUAUCUUUGUAUGCAAACCUUGUUUUUAGAAGUUUAGGAGCUGAUAGUAGCUUGGUUAUUACAGUCCCACUCCCAGACUCCCAUGUGCUGCUACUUUCAGCCAUUGGAGCUAUCCAAAUUGUCACCUGGUUGUUCUUUUUGACCUUGCCAUUGCUUCAAUAUUUAACUUCAGUUCCCCACAAAGUCAUUUAUGUUUUUGCCUUGCGGGUUGCAGCAAUCUUUGUAACAUUGCAUCUGGAUUCAUUCUCCGAAAAUAAUGUUGCAGUAAAAUUGUGUCGUAA